AUGCCACUUAACUGCUGUGAAACUGAUGCUACUAAUAAUUUUGAGGGAUGUCCACUACUGACAGCUUCAUUUGUAUUUGCUGGUCUAUCGAUGAUGCUUAAUAUUAGGUUAGCAUAUAGUUCUGCACCAUAUGCCCUCAUUAGAUUCAAAUUACCUGAAAAUCUAUUUAGUGUAUUUGUUAGAAGAAUGGCUAGUGCUUUAGAACUAUGGUGUCUACCAAGUAUGCUUCUGGGUAAUAUACUUGAUACAGGUUCAAAACUAUUAUUCAAACACUACGGCACCGCACUCAAAAUACCUACAGGAACCGCUGAUGGAGUACCCAACGACUUCAACGGCCAAGAACAAACUACCAAGUCCAAAUCACUUAAGUUAUGGUCUAUCAUAAUUCCUUCCAUUGUUACUAUGUGGUCUGACUUUAUCACAUACGCGGUGCUCCUAUAUGUAUAUUUGAUGGGUGGUGUCACUGGUAAUGUAACUGCCUAUUAUGGUGUCAUUGCAGUAUCUGGAUUCAUCUUUGGCAUUAAUAUGACAUUGGUUUAUGCUGUUGAUUUUAAUUAUAUACCUAUAUAUGUUGCUGGUGAAAAUUCAUUUCCAGCACUAACAUCACUAAUUCAUUAUUUUGCCACACUAAUAUUUGGCAAUAGAAGGAAGUGGAAUAGUGACUUUCUAAUUGUAGUGAUUGACAUAUCGGUUGCAAUCAUAAUAUCAUUUGUUACAGCUAUUCUAUGGACAGUAUCAUUCCUAGUACCUCCCAAAUCUGGUCAGGAUAGUAAGUGGCAUAUCCAGCCAUUUGAUCAGGAUAUUUCUAAUCCGGACUGGGAUGUUAUUUCACCUACACUCAUGGUCAUUGUUGGUAUGGGACUAGUUUAUGCCAUUUAUCCUGCUAUUGCACCAGGUAUGAUUGUACCAUUCUACCUCAUUGAUAAAAUUGAGAUGGUACUUCUCAUAGCCACAAUCUUUCCACCAGUCAUCAUAGCUAUUCUUAUCAAAAAACAUGGAUAUUUAUCUCCCAAAUACUACGACGUCGGUGAUAGUACUUUCAAGGCAUGGUCAAAAUACGGAGCUGGUAGGUUCUAUCAUUUUUUAGACAUUCUUAUCAUCAUUAAGAUCACUCUAGCUGUUAUAUUUAUAUAUUCACUUCAUUACAGAGAUUCCAACAUUUCCCGUAGCAUCGUGAAUCAACCUAAAAUGUCUACAGCACUCUCCAUAACAUUUUAUAUGUGUCAUGAAAUUCUAUUAGCAUUAGGUUUUCCAGGUGUUAUUGGUAAUAAAGGUGCUGAUUAUGUUGUGCUACCAGCCCAGUACAUAGGAGCGCUAUUUAUGAUAUUUUUGGCCUUUUAUUCAGAGGGAUACAUUAUAGAAUAUAAAAGUCAUGAUCCUGCUCAUUGGCCCACAGAAGGAAUGUGGUAUUUAUAUGGAUACUACCAAUUGAACCCUGAUUUUUUUAUUAUGAUAAAGUUUAAUUUUUGUUUUGAUGGAUACUGUGAAUUUAAGUAA